UUGCGGUGUAGUAUAGGGUUUAGCAGACAAGGGAGGGGACUGAGAACUGGGAAGCCGACGCUCCGCUCGGCAAAGCCUGAGGCGGCGACGACGCUUGAUCGCAGCCCGACUCACACCGGUAACGAAUUCCUUGCCCCAAUCUUCGGGAUACGGCGGCGAUUGUUAUCACCCUACUUAUUUACCUGCCUCAGAGCUGCGUGCCUGCGUUCAUUCGAGGCGUGCGCUCCUUCAAUUUUCCCUGACACCGAUGCAUAGAGUUAGAUGAGGAGUUCGAGGGAUGGCUUUCGCUAGUAGAAUUGGAAAUGCGCUCAGGAGAACUUUAGCGCCCACUUGCUCCCCACUGCUUCAGCCAGUAAGAUGCAUGUCCUCUUCCAAGCUCUUUGUUGGAGGACUUUCUUUUGCCACCGACGAAACCACUCUGAAGGAUGCAUUUUCUGAGUUUGGGAAUGUACUUGAAGCUCGGAUCAUCAUUGAUCGGGAAUCAGGGAGGUCAAGGGGUUUUGGUUUUAUAACUUUUACAUCCACUGAAGAAGCCUCAGCUGCAAUGACUUCCAUGGAUGGCAAGGAACUUCAAGGACGAAAUAUAAGGGUGAACCAUGCCAAUGAACGCGCUGGUGGGAUACGCGGGGGUGGUGGAUUCGGAGCUGGUGGUGGUUAUGGUGGUGGAGGUGGAUAUCCUACUGGUGGGUAUGGCGGUGGUGGAUAUAGUUCUGGUGGUGGUGGAGGAUAUAGUUCUGGUGGUGGAGGAGGAUAUAGUUCUGGGGGUUAUGCUGCCAAUGGUUACGGUGUUGGAUCUGGCAGUGGCUAUGGUGGCACCUACAGCAAUGCAUCAGGUGGUGGAUAUUCAGGCAGUGAUGGUUACGGCAAUGGAGCUGCCAGUGGUGGUUAUGCUAACAACUUGAGCAGCGGAUACAACAGCAAUGGAAGGUACAAUACCAUUGGCAGUUCUGAUGGAAACACUGGUGGGUACAAUUCGUCUCCCAACCCGUAUGGUGUAGGCAACUACAAUACUGGAGGUUCGAGUUCCAGUGGUGGAACCUUAGGAGAGUUUGGUGGUGGAGGUUUUGGUGGCAACAACUUUGCUGGAAAUGUUACCGGGGGGUUUUCUGGCGGUGGGGCAAGCUAUGGAGCUAACAAGCCGCAAUACAAUGGCGACGACGACCUGCUGGGCGAAGGUUUCUUCGACAAGGAAGUGGCAGAGUAAAUGAGGGAGCGGCGUACUCGCACCUCUCGCACGGUGCUGCGGAUCAUUUUUUUCCCCCAAACUGCAUCAGAUCGGUCGUGCUAAAUGGAGCAAAUAGAACUUUGCCUGAGCUCAUUAGGAUAUAGAACAUAAUCCUUUGUUCUUUUUUAUUCUGUUUCAGACAAGGCACGUAUGUUAUUUUAUCCACUCAGCUAGCGUAGCUUUACUACAACUAUAUUGUGAGAAGAAAAAGUUGUUAUAUCAACUAUAUUGUGAGAAGAAAGAGUGGUUAUAUCUUCUCAACAAGAAAUGAUGAUAGUUCAGGUGCUAAUUUUCUUA